UGCAUUUGAAAAUCCAGAAUAAUAGAAAGGCUCCCAAAUUGGCUGAUGAUCCAAGAUGAUGAUGAGAUUAAGAACUGUUGGAAAUUUGAGUAGGAAGAAACAAUUGCUGGAAGCACCUGCCGUCACCGCCGCCGCAGCCAUCAAUAGUAAUAUCCCCUCACAGUGUCAACCGUCCAACAACCAUAUUAAACUACUUGAAGAAGCCGUUUCCUCCAAUUCACCUGAACAAGCACUAGAGACCCUUCAAUGUCUCCUGCCGUUGCCGUCCCCUGCCUCCGUCUUCUAUUGGAAUACCCUCAUCAAGAAUACCGUGCUUCACGCUCAGGAUUGCGUAAAUGCACUACGCAUAUUCCGUCAAAUGAUGAGGCUUAGCUGGCAGCCCGAUGGUUAUACGUAUCCGUAUAUUCUUAAGGCCUGCGGCGAGCUCUCGUGGUUUCAUUGGGGCGGUUCUGUACAUGGUAUUGCUUUCCGGGAUGGGUUUGUUUACUCCAAUGUGUUUGUUGGUAAUGCCCUUAUAGCUAUGUACGGUAGAUGUGGACAGUUGGAUGAUGCUCGCCGGAUGUUUGAUGAAAUGUCCCGGAGAGAUGUUUUUGAUGUUAUCUCAUGGAAUUCGAUUUCGGCUGCUUAUUUGCAGAGUGGUGAUGCUGAAAAGGUGCUGGAAAUGUUUGCGUUAAUGACUUCAAAAGUUGGUUUCUCCCAGCUGCGUGCUGAUGUGGUUAGUUUGGUAAAUGUAUUACCUGCUUGUGCUUCGUUGAAUGCGUUUGGUAGUGGUAAGGAAGUUCAUGGACAUGCUCUGCGGAGGGGUUUAAUAGAGGAUAUAUUUGUGGGGAAUGCUUUGUUGGAUAUGUAUGCAAAAUGUGGAUUUAUGGAUGAAGCAGAGAGAGUGUUUGAGCAAAUGGAGGUGAAGGAUGUCGUGACAUGGAAUGCCAUGGUGACAGGGUACGCGCAGAUUGGUAGAUAUGAUGAUGCUCUUGGUUUAUUUGAGAAAAUGCGUGGCGAGAAGAUCCAUAUGAAUGUUGUGACGUGGAGUGCUGUUAUUGCAGGAUAUGCUCAGAGGGGUUUGGGUAAAGAGGCUCUUGAUGUGUUUAGAGAUAUGAUGAGAGCUUCAAACUCGGAGCCGAACGCUGUGACACUUGCUUCUGUCCUUUCGGGUUGUGCUGCAUCUGGGGCAUUAGAUAAGGGGAGAGAAAUUCAUUGUUAUUCAAUAAAGAAAAUGCUGAACUUAGAUUGGAAUGACCUGGAGGAUGAUUUGAUGACUAUUAAUGGUUUGAUUGAUAUGUAUGCAAAAUGCAGGUCCAUCAAUGUGGCAAGUAGGAUGUUUGAGGCUGUAGGACAGAGUGAUAGGAAUGUAGUGACAUGGACAGUGAUGAUUGGUGGCCAUGCACAACAUGGUGAAGCCAAUGAUGCAUUAAAUCUUUUUUCUGAGAUGGCGAGUAAUCAAAAGAAGCUUCUAGUACCAAAUGCUUUUACUAUAUCUUGUGCCCUUGUGGCUUGUGCUCGUCUAAACGCACUGAGAUUGGGUAGACAGAUUCAUGCUUAUGUGUUAAGGAACCGCUUUGAGUCUGCAAUGCUGUUUGUAGCCAAUUGCUUGAUAGACAUGUAUGCUAAAUCUGGAGAUGUCAAUGCGGCUCGAGUUGUGUUUGACACCAUGGGUCAGAGGAACAUUAUCUCAUGGACGACGUUAAUGACUGGAUAUGGAAUGCAUGGUUUUGGCAAGGAGGCCUUGCAAGUUUUUGAUGGGAUGAGGAGAGCUGGUCUGCCUGUAGAUGGUGUGACAUUUCUUGUGGUCCUAUAUGCUUGUAGCCAUUCUGGAAUGGUUGAUCAGGGAAUGAAUUAUUUCAACAGAAUGAGCCAGGAUUUUGGAGUUGCGCCAGGGGCAGAGCACUAUGCUUGCAUGGUCGACCUAUUAGGCCGUGCUGGACGCUUGAAUGAGGCUAUGGACCUUAUUGCAAAAAUGCCUAUGGAGCCAACUGCAGCAGUUUGGGUGGCAUUGCUUGGGGCUUGUAGGACUCAUGCAAAGGUGGAACUUGCUGAAUAUGCAUCAAGCAAGUUGUCCGAAUUGGAGUGUGAGAAUGAUGGGACAUACACGCUUCUCUCAAACAUAUAUGCCAAUGCUGGGCGUUGGAAAGAUGCGACCAAGAUCAGAUUUGUGAUGAAACAGAAAGGUAUAAAAAAGAGACCUGGCUGCAGUUGGGUUCAAGGAAAGAACGAGACUGCAACCUUUUAUGUAGGGGACAGAACUCAUGCAAUGUCUGAGAAAAUAUAUGACCUACUUGCAGACCUUAUUGACCAGAUUAAAAUAAUGGGUUAUGUCCCUGAAACAAGCUUUGCGCUCCAUGAUGUAGAUGAUGAAGAAAAAGGGGAUCUUCUUGUAGAACACAGUGAGAAAUUGGCUCUUGCUUAUGGCAUUCUUACAUCAGCACCUGGGCUGCCCAUUAGGAUCACAAAAAACUUGCGGGUUUGUGGGGAUUGCCACACCGCUAUGACAUACAUAUCUAGGAUUAUUGAGCAUGAAAUUAUUUUGAGGGAUUCAAGUCGCUUCCACCAUUUUAAGAAUGGAUCUUGCUCUUGCAAAGGCUACUGGUGAAGAUAGCAUAUCCUUGAUUGCCUACCGACCGAGAUGCUUAUCGCAAGAGAAUGGCAAGAUAUAAUUCAACCUGUGCAUAUGGAUUUGUAUCUGGUAACCUCUGCUGCUAACUCUCUCUCUCUCUCUCUAACACUGGAGGUAACUUCUGUCCCAAGGAUGUCUGAACCAUCUUACCAUGGGCACGUCGAAAUCACUUUGGAGAAAAUGUUCCGUUUGCUUUAGACGGCCAGUUUUUUACCUGCUUCUUGAAGUAGCAUGCAAUUUUUGGGGAGUCCUGUCAAAAAAGAACUCCUGAGUCAGAAGCUGAUUUUUGUGUGAAGUAUGUUGAUUGAAGUCAUAGGAUCUUCAGAAUUCAUUGAUCCUUACAGCAGGGGCUAUUUGAAUAACUAGCGAAAGUUUUGUCUUCAGCAGUAGGAGCCUUAUGUUGUCAGAAUGGUCCAGAGUCGACUCAGAUUUUGUUCAGAAUAAUCUCAACCACUUGCAAGAUCUGUUGCACUGGCAUCAUCAUCAGAGAGCCAAAUUACAGCAUCAAUGAGAUGAGGAGUUGGUUGUGUGCUUCUUGGUCAUUACUAAUCUCUUCUUAUAUUCCAAACAAAAGGAAAAAAUGGUGAUAGAUAAGGCUGGUUGGUGGGUCAGUAAGUCAUUGCAAACUUGCAAAGGGGCAUGGCAUGGUGGGGGGACCUCGCUCAGGUCUAUUGGGCAUGGGCUGCUAUCCUCCAUUUCAAUUCAUUCCUUGUGAAAAUAUGGCAAGCGACAGGUGACAACUACCCACCUAACCCAGCAGUGGCAAAUAGUCCCAUGCAGAAGGAUAGGAUUUGGAGGGGAAUCAUAUUCCUAAAGGGACUGCAAUGGUCCUGGCUACCCUACAACCCGUCUCACAGGACAGAAAAUUUACCCUACCAUCCUUGCUAUCCAAAACAGUAAGUCUCCCUCCUAGGAAACAAGACAAUACAUUCACAAUAUGCAAUUAUGCAACUGUACAUGAAUCUACCUCAUAUUUUGUUUUGUAAAAAGAGGCAUAUUCAAUUCAUGAUGUUCUGCCAUUAUUUCGGCUGAUCAUGAACUUCUUGCAAGGCUGUCCAAUAUUCCUGCCGGUGACUCAU